UGCAGCGAGUGCCAGGGCCGGAGCCCGCGGGCGGCAGAGCGCAGCAGCGGCUGAGGGGGGCUACACGGUGCCGGGCGCCCGGGGCAGCCUGAUGCCCUUCCCGCCCGACCGGAUCGCAGUGGCAGGGACCUCGCUCCCCUUCCCUUUCGCUGCAGGUGGCUGCCCGCGGCCAUGGAGCCCCGCGUGCGGGGGCAGCGGGCCGGCCGGGGCUGAGCGCCGAGCCGCCCCUCGCGGGCGGGCCAUGCCCCAGGGGCCGGGCGCGGCGCAGGGACCGCUGCCAAACUUCUCCGGGAGCCGAGCGCCGCCCGUGCCUAGGGAGCGCCCCGGCCCGCCGGACUCGGGCUCCCCGCCGCCGGCGGGCGCCGGGGAGAGACUCCGCGGCUCCUGCCCGAGCUCGUCUGCUGCUGUCCCGGGCCAGCCGCGGCCGGUGCCGGGGCGCGCUGCGCUCACGAUGGUCGGCGCCGGCCGGGGGCUCCUGAGCCUGCUGCUCCUGCUGCGGCUCCCGCUGCUCGCGGCCGCCGCCGCCAAGGCGCCCGUGUGCCAGGAGAUCACGGUGCCCAUGUGCAAGGGCAUCGGCUACAACCUGACCUACAUGCCCAACCAGUUCAACCACGACACGCAGGACGAGGCGGGGCUGGAGGUGCACCAGUUCUGGCCGCUGGUGGAGAUCCAGUGCUCGCCGGACCUGCGCUUCUUCCUCUGCAGCGUCUACACCCCCAUCUGCCUGCUGGACUACGCCAAGCCCCUGCCACCCUGCCGCGCCGUGUGCGAGCGGGCCAAGGCCGGCUGCUCGCCCCUCAUGCGCCAGUACGGCUUCGCCUGGCCCGAGCGGAUGAGCUGCGACCGGCUGCCGGCGCUGGGGGACCCGGACACGCUCUGCAUGGAUUACAACCGCAGCGAGCCCACCACCCCGCCCGCCGCGCCGCCCGCCCUGGCCAAGCCCACCCGCGCCUCCAGGGGGCCCCAGAGGAGCCUGACCCCGGACUGCGGCCGGGUGUGCCGGUGCACCGAGCCCUUCGUGCCCAUCGCCCGCGAGUCCCACCCGCUCUACAGCAAGAUCCGGACCGGCCAGGUGCCCAACUGCGCCGUGCCCUGCUUCCAGCCCUACUUCACCCAGGACGAGAAGACCUUCGCCAGCUUCUGGAUCGGGCUCUGGUCCAUCCUCUGCUUCCUCUCCACCUCCACCACCGUGGCCACCUUCCUGAUCGACAUGGAGCGGUUCCGCUACCCGGAGCGGCCCAUCAUCUUCCUCUCCGCCUGCUACCUCUUCGUCUCCCUGGGCUACAUCGUGCGGCUGGUGGCGGGCCACGCCAGCGUGGCUUGUAACCCGGAGUACCGCCACGUGCACUACGAGACCACGGGCCCCGCGCUCUGCACCAUGGUCUUCCUCCUGCUCUACUUUUUCGGCAUGGCCAGCUCCAUCUGGUGGGUGAUCCUGUCCCUCACCUGGUUCCUGGCCGCCGGCCUGAAAUGGGGCAACGAGGCCAUCGCCGGCUACUCCCAGUACUUCCACCUGGCCGCCUGGCUCAUCCCCAGCAUCAAGUCCAUCGCCGUGCUGGCCCUGAGCUCGGUGGACGGGGACCCGGUGGCGGGGGUUUGCUACGUGGGCAACCAGAACCUGGACAACCUGCGGGGCUUCGUGCUGGCUCCCCUGGUGGUCUAUCUCUUCACCGGGACCCUCUUUCUGCUGGCGGGCUUCGUGUCUCUCUUCCGCAUCCGCAGCGUCAUCAAGCAAGGGGGCACCAAGACGGACAAGCUGGAGAAGCUGAUGAUCCGCAUCGGCAUCUUCACCGUCCUCUACACCGUGCCGGCCACCCUGGUGGUGGCGUGUUACGUGUACGAGCAGCACUACCGGGAGAGCUGGGAGAAGGCGCACAACUGCUCCUGCCCCGGCGACCCCAGCAAGCCCAAGCCGGACUACGCCAUCUUCAUGCUCAAGUACUUCAUGUGCCUGGUGGUGGGCAUCACCUCGGGCGUGUGGAUCUGGUCCGGAAAGACGUUGGACUCCUGGAGGCAGUUCACGGGGAAGUGGUGCCGGGGGAGGAAGCCCUCCACGUACAGUGAAGCCGGCUCCGCUUUGACAGCGAGGGCUGGGGGCGCCCCCGCCGCUUCCUACCACAAACCAGUCCCGCUUUCUCAGGUGUGACGAGCACCGGGACCGCGCCAGGCUCCCCCGGGGCCAGGGUUUGCAAAGCAGGAGAGUGGGGGCUCUGCUCCGGGGGCCGGGAGCUG